GGCGGGCGCGGGCCGCGGCCGCGGCGGCGCGGUGGGCGGCGGCCCGGCCCGGCAGUCGCACGCGGGCACGUGCGCGCACCGCCUUCGCGCCUCGACCUGCGCGCCCUACCGACCGACGCGCUCAAUAUCUCGUACAAUUAUCAUUCCAUUACAAAAUCCUAUUUAACAUCCUUAAUAAACAAAGAAGGAGAAACCCUCUUUUCGCUAUCUCAAGUCAAUCUACGAAAAUAUGUUAAGAAGAUUUGUGGGUCAAUAGGGUUUUACAAAAUUGCUUACAUCACCUGGAAAAUCGGCGGGAAAUCCAUGUAUAACAGCGUUCGAUAUUUCCAGUUUACAUGUGUCACCGUUAAAUUAAAUAAUUAUGUACCUAAGUAGUAGUGAAUUAUGUAAAUGUGUAGUGGUGAAAUAAAGUGACAAUGUGCCUCUCAAGUACAUUAAGUUUGAUGCAGUGAAAACAAUGGAGAAGUCGAUGCAAGCGCGGGCGCUGAAUAAAUUUACAUGUUGGGUAUGCUUGGUUCCACCAUGGGGCUUCACGGACUUGAAGGAGGAGGAGUUGUAUACGGCGUACACGCAGCGGCAACGGCAGCGCGCCGUGCCGCGGCUGCUGGCUGCCGGCGUGCUGCUGCAGGCGUUCGCGGCGCUCGUGCCGGGCGAGCGCGACCUAUCCUUCGCCUACACCUCCGUUGCCCUCGCGCUCCUGCUCAACCUCGCCCUCGCCCUAGUCUACAUAACGAUACGCCCCGCGAGGCUCGCGCUCAACCACAUAGCUUGGCUGGCGCUCUGGAUACAACUCCUAGUGAGUGCGUCUCGGCGACUAGGCGACUCUUAUAACGAAUUGCUUGGUUGGGCUGUCGUGCUCCAAUAUUUCACGCUAGCCGCGCUACCAUUCCAUUACCUCCUCCUGAUACUCUAUAGCACGAUCUCAUUCACCGCUUAUUUAUUGGUACAAUACUACAGCGCAAUAAUUACGGAAAACAAACUUCCUGACGACUUCAGUUUACAGCAAAUAUCGAAUGGGUUGUUAUUGUUGGGAGCGACGUUGUUGGGCGGAACCGCUUAUGGUGUCGGCGAAUGGCAGCAACGAUGUUCAUUCAAAGUAACAAAAAGAAGUUUACGUGACAAACUUACCAUUGAACAACAAAGCAAAGAACAGGAGCGGUUAUUACUGUCGGUGCUUCCGGAACAUGUUGCCGUGCAGAUGCGAAAAGAUCUUGGCCUUAUUGACACGCAGUUCAAAAAGAUUUACAUGUCACGCCAUGAAAAUGUCAGCAUCCUGUAUGCGGAUAUUGUGGGUUUCACUGCGAUUUCGUCUACAUAUUCGGCGCAAGACCUUGUUGCAAUUUUAAAUGAAUUAUUUGCUCGGUUUGAUCGCUUGGCAGAGAAAUAUCAGCAACUACGCAUCAAAAUUCUCGGGGACUGUUAUUACUGUAUCAGUGGCGCCCCCGUAGAAAAACCGGACCAUGCCGUCCUUUGUGUACAUAUGGGCCUGUCCAUGGUUAAAGCUAUUAAGUACGUGCAGCAAACGACAAACUCCCCAGUAGACAUGCGCGUGGGCAUCCACACGGGGGCCGUGCUGGCAGGAGUGUUGGGGCAGCGGCAGUGGCAGUUCGACGUGUACUCGCGCGACGUCGAGCUCGCCAACAAGAUGGAGAGCAGUGGGAUGGCGGGGCGCGUGCACAUAUCGGAAGUGACUCUAAGUUUCCUAAACGACGAGUUCGAAGUGGAGCCGGCGCACGGCGAGCGCCGCGAGGAGAUGCUGCGCCUGGCCGGCAUCAAGACUUACUUCAUUGUCCGAGUGCUCAAGCCGUUCGGAGGGGAGGACAAAAGUGCACCCGAGGGCGAGGCAGUGGAGGGUGGCGACUCCGCCGACACGAUGUCCGACCUCAAAGACGACGACGAGGACUCGGUUCUAUCACCGCAAGAAGAGAGCAAGGGCAAUGAAGAAUUGAAAAUACUCGCAAUGUUACAAGAAGAACUCGUGAAUCGAGAUGACGACAAGGAGCUUGCGGACGCAACGACGCUUUGCCUGACAUUUAAAGCGGCAGAAGUGGAAGCCGCGUACGCGCGGCGCACGGACCCGUGCCCGUUGGCGGUGGCGGCGCCGCCCGUGCUGCUGCUGCCCGUAGUCGUGGCGCUGGCUAGCUUUGCCGUGCCGCCCUCUUGGCCGCUGCGCGCCGUCUACCUCGCCUUCGUGCUCGAGACCGGCCUAAUGAACGUCCUCUACUACGCGUACUUCCGAUUCGCCCAGUACAAGAAAAAGUCCGUGAGUCCUUACUGGAAAUUGAUAUGCGGCACGUUUAACAUAGCUAUGUUCGUAGCCGCAAAUAUUGCUCCCUUGAUAAUCUGCGGAAACUACGAGGCCGCCAUCGGCGACGACAGCCCGCGUCCGGACUCGGUCGUGCAAGGCGGCGCUCGGCGCUGCAUACAUCCCUCUUACUAUUAUCACAUAGGCGCAGGCGCUCUCUGCGGAGCUUUAUGGGUGUCGCCGUUAUCGGGCGGGGCGCGCGCACUGUUCCUGGUGGCGCUGGCGGCGGCACACGCGGCGCCCGCGGCGUUGCAGCCCGCACUGCUUCACCGCCGCGCCAGCCUCGACCGUGACCCCUACACAUCCAGCUUCAACGCCUCAGCUGACUACAACGAGACCGCUUAUGACAUCCUGGCGCAAAUCCACCUCGGCCGACAUAUCCUCAUGCUGUUCUUCAUAGUGAUCGCGUUACUCAUACUGAACAGAUAUACGGAGUCGCUGGAGCGCGCGCGUCACUCGCGCGGCGAGCGCAUGCGUGGCCAGGCCGACCAAGCGGCCGACCUGCGGCGCAGAAACCAGGCCUUGGUGCACAACGUGCUGCCGCCGCACGUGGCGCGGCACUUCAUGGGCGCGAGGCACCACCACCGAGACCUCUACAGCCAGAGCUACGCUGAAGUUGGCGUGCUUUUUGCUUCCAUGCCCAAUUUCUCAGAGUUCUACUCGGAAGAGACCGUCAAUAACCAAGGCUUGGAAUGCUUACGAUUUCUGAAUGAAGUCAUAUCUGAUUUUGAUUUGCUGUUAGAGGAUGCGAAAUUCAGCAAAGACAUCAUUAAAAUAAAGACAAUCAGCUCCACAUAUAUGGCAGCGUCAGGCCUAAAUCCCACUCGACAAAUGCAGCCGUCAGACGGCACGCUGGUGCGCUGGGCGCAUCUAGCGUGCCUGGUGGAGUUCGCGCUGGAGCUACAGCGCGUGCUGGCCGCCAUCAACGAGCAAUCCUUCAACCACUUCGUGCUGCGCUUGGGCGUCAACCACGGACCCAUUACUGCGGGGGUCAUCGGCGCACGCAAGCCGCAUUACGAUAUCUGGGGAAACACCGUCAACGUCGCAUCGAGGAUGGAGAGCACCGGCAAAGCUGGUUGUAUACAGGUGACCGAAGAAACGUGUCAUAUACUUGAGACGUUUGGCUACUACUUUGAGCAGCGCGGCCUAGUCGCGGUCAAGGGCAAGGGUCAACUCAUGACCUACUACCUGCAGGGCAAAAGAGACGCUUCCGCUGGACAAACUGACAAUACUAACAGGCCACAUGGUGCCGAGAUAGCAGCCGGCGGGGACACGCUGGCCAACGGAGCUGCGCGGCGCGUCGCCGACCCCGAGCCAACCGUUCCGCUUCUAUCGCAGUGAAGCCUCUACAUCUCUAACAUGUCGAAAUGCGCUUUUUCCUCGUGGCCAAGCUUGCAAACUGUAUUGAGAAAUGGUCAAAGAGUGAACUAUUUGUC